GUGGAAAUGAGCUCUACCGAGCGUCGGUGUUGAGAAGGGCGCAGCUCGAUGUAGGUGGGCCGAGCGAGCGGGGCGGCAGAAGGGUAGAGAGACACAUACACGUCUAUAUCGGGACAUCCCCAGCUGUCCGUGACAGAAACCUGACCAGGUGGCUCCUUAGCUGGGCGCGUCACGACGCAUGGAGCCUACAACAGCUUGCCUCUCGCGCUAAUCUCCACCUUGGUGACGCCAGCAGUGUGCGUAAAACCUGGUGUGCGUUUGUUUUUGGAUCUGUUGUUCCGACUCGUUUCCAAAGGAUUCACACAUUCGGACUGGGGCCGUGCUGUUUUCCCAUCAGACAGACCGGGGAUAUUAUGACUCUUUUUCCUUGGAUUCUAUAAAGUCUCACGCUUCAAAAGAUUAACUUUUUUAUUCACUAUUAUCAUGUUGCCAGAGAUUAAUAAGACGUCACGACCAGAGGCCUUCCCACACAGACAGCCAGCAGAGGGCAGUCGUCUUGGGACCACCCGAUCCUGCCUACAGAAAUUUGGCCCAGGAGUAGGAACUUUGCCACCGCUAGAGCCUCCGGUGGUCCAGGUGGUGGUUAGCAAUGCCAAGAAUCAGCACCAGCAGCAGUCUGACCACAUCCUGCCCCAAAUUGUCAAUCAUGCAGUCCAGAACCACUAUCAAACAAACACAGUUGAGAGGCCCAAGCCCACCCAGCAGUUCACCACACGAUUUGGCGCAGCGAUGGAUAAAAUAUCAGUGUCUCGCAACAACAAACUCUUCAGCUGCAGGUUAAAUAAAGAAAAGGCGCCCGAAGGUCCAAGGCUGCCAAUGUCUCCCAUAGACUCAGUCAACAACUUCCAAGAUCGUCUGACAGAGUUUGAGAGAGAGGAAAUUAUGGACUACGCAGAGAUCUGGUUUCUGGGGCUGGGCUCCCAGAAAAUCGAAGGUUCCCAUGCUGCACCGCAGAACUGCGGCUAUGAUGAUGAGCAGGGCAGCUACAUCAGGGUGCUGCAUGACCACAUCGCCUACAGAUUUGAAGUAUUAGAAGUGAUUGGCAAAGGCUCCUUUGGACAAGUUCUAAAAUGCUUAGACCACAAGACCAAUGAACUUGUAGCUGUUAAGAUGAUACGCAACAAGAAGAGGUUCCAUCACCAAGCUUUAGUUGAGCUGAAAAUCCUGGAUGUGAUAAAAAGGAAAGACAAAGACAACCUUCACAACGUCAUCCACAUGAAGGAGUACUUCUACUUCAGAAAUCACCUCUGCAUCUCCUUUGAGCUUCUCGGGGUGAACCUGUACGAGCUCAUCAAAAAGAACAACUUCCAGGGCUUCAGUGUGGCUCUCAUUCGUCGCUUCACUCAUGCUCUGCUCAGGUGCCUGCAGAUGCUCCACAGAGAGAAGAUCAUACACUGUGACCUUAAGCCGGAAAAUAUCUUGCUGUCUCAGAGAGGACCAGGGAACAUAAAGGUGGUCGACUUUGGAUCAAGCUGUUAUGAACAACAAAGAGUGUACACGUACAUCCAGAGCCGCUUCUACCGCUCCCCAGAAGUCAUCCUAGGUCACCCCUACAGCAUGGCGAUCGACAUGUGGAGUCUGGGCUGCAUCUUGGCUGAGCUCUACACCGGGUACCCUCUUUUCCCCGGAGAGAGUGAAGUGGAGCAGAUAGCAUGUAUAAUGGAGCUUCUUGGAAUGCCUCCAAAUGAUUUUGUUCAGUCUGCAUCCCGGAGGAGAUUGUUCUUUGAUUCAAAAGGAAAUCCCAGAAACACCACCAACAGUAAGGGGAAGAAACGAAAACCAAACUCCAAGGAGUUGUCAACGACUCUGAAGACAAACGACACUUUAUUCUUAGAUUUCAUCACACGCUGCCUCACCUGGGAUCCAACAAAAAGGAUGACACCCGAUGAGGGUUUACAGCAUGGCUGGAUCCUGGAGGGUAAUUUCAACAAGGUGAAGCCAAGAACCAAACCAUCAGGAAAGAAGCCAACAGACAGUGUGCCUGCCACGGAAAGAAACAGUGAUUACAGUUGCAGCAAACAAGCCAAUAGCAAACCUGCGGAGAGGUUCACCACUGCAGAAAACAGUGACGAAGAUAAGCUGACGAGGCACAGCUCAGACACAAAGGCAACCCCGGGCGAGCGCCUGCGACCUAUUGGGGCUUCAGCGGAGGACGGGGUGUGCGACAGUGAGAAUUCCAAGGUACAAGAUGCUGUUUUAGAGAGGCCCGUCCACAUCGUCAUCAAACCUCAGGAGGAAGACGGAACAGAGAGCCGCGACAACCUCGCGCCCUCUCAGUGUUUGCCUCCUAUCAUGUAAUGGCAGAAGAGAGUUUUGCUGUGCAUGAUGAACGUGGAACUCAAAAAGGUGCUGAGAAUUGCACCGUUUUUUACAUUCAUCGGUCAGGAAUACAAAGCUUUCCUGCAGGGUGAUGUUGACAAUCGAUAGCUUGCGAAAACACUGCCAUGUUGUUUAGUGUGAAAAUGAAACUACACAAGUCAUAUCAGUUCGAAGAAGAAUGGCCUGUCAAAAAAGGUUGUAGAAGAUGAUGUAAAAAAAAUAAUAAUAUCGAUGGGAGGGGGCUGUCAAAAUAUUCAUGACAACAGAACUGUUGUUUGUGUUCGUCGGACAAAUGGGAAUGCUCACUAAAUGUACUUUAUUUAUUCAUUUAUUUAUUUAAUCGUUAUUCACUGAGCGGUGUUUGUUGAAUAUUGCUGUCUCAAGGAAAUUUCCCAUUUUGUGAAGAAAUGUUUAUCUUGAAAGCUCAAUUUUAAAGUGGCAAGGAUAUUCUCUUUUAUAACCCUUCUCAUGUUAGCUAUUAAAGUGUGUGCCCGCCUAGUACUGACCGAGCCAAAACUGUUUUGUAUGCAGAGACCCAAUGUCAUGUACAUUUUAACUGGAGCGUAUACUAUGUACAGCUUAAUGAUUAUUUGAUUUGUUUUAGCAAAUGUAUAUUAUAUGGUUCGCAAAAUAUUUGCUCCUUGCAAAAGUUGUAUCGUUGUGAUCAAAGUUUGUAAAAUGUUUCCAAAAUAUGUGUAGUGCAGAAUACCUAUUUAUUGUUGCUGUAAAAUAUGACUUUAAAUGUUUGUGUACUUAGUAUUUUUACACUAGAAACAAAAAGACAAUAUUAGUUUGUGCCUUGCAGUAUUAGAUAUCUUGCACUUUACUGAUAUGUGUAUACCUGGACUAGGAACUAUUGGAUUCUUAGACUUGUGUUGUACGAUAAGAAAAAUCCCCGCUGUUCAGACUCUGUACAAAUACUUAUUUUAAUGCAAAUUACUUUUGUCUAGACCCACCACCAAUUUGAAAGGUCAGCCAUCAGAGAUUCUCAUAGAAUUAAGAUUUAACAUGAUCCAUGAAAAAUGUAAUAACUUUCUCGUAUUUCAUGCCGAAAUAAAAUGUCUUUUAUUAUA